AUGUCGACCACAGUAACUUCGACUCAAUCUGAAAUUCGUCCAUCGGCAGCAUAUAAACUUCGCGCAACAGCUAAAUGGGUUGAAAAACCAUUCUGGAAACGAAAUCCUUUCGAACAUUUAGCAGCUAUCGAUUUAGCUAGUAAAAAAUGUUACGAAGUUCAACCAAAAAAUCCCAACGCACCACCAGCACACAAUGUCUGGUGGGAACGUCUUUGGUUAUCUCUUGCUAUACCACCUCCACUGAUCUUUCACGCUCUUUGGUAUUAUUUUGUACCAGAAACAAACUAUUAUCAUACUUGGCAUCCAGGAGCAGCUUACGCGUUCUAUGCAAUAUCGUUUCUGAUUUAUACAAUCGUCAUGGUUAAACAUAUUCAUUAUUAUAUGGAUUAUUAUGGAACUUUCGAUGAAGACAAACGACCCCGCGAUUAUGUACCUGAUAUGUUGGUUACACGACUUGUUCUUAGUGUGGUUGUUUAUAUGCUUGCACGUACAGGUGGUGGUUUAUUGCUUGGUGGAUAUAAUCGUAAUGAGUCUCCGUCACUCGGUCAUACAAUUUCAUGGUUUGUUCUGAUAAAAAUUGCUGGCUGGUUAAUAGCAUUAGAUUUCUUCUUUUAUUGUUAUCAUCGUGCAUGUCAUAUGGUUCCAUUCUUAUGGAAAGUUCAUAGUUUACACCAUUGUACCAAACAUCCAACACCAAUUCAAUCAAUUCUGGCGGGUGACAUUCAAGAAGUGAUCGAAGUUUUUCUUGUACCACUAGCUGCUUCACUAGUCGUUCCGUUGACAACACAUGAAUUUUGGAUUGCUCAGUGUAUAUUGAUCUAUAUUGAAGCAACAGGUCACUCUGGUAUACGAGCAUAUUGGCCUCAUUGUAUUCUUAAUGAAGUUCUUCAACCAUUUGGUAUGGAGCUGUGUAUUGAGGAUCAUGAUUUGCAUCAUCGAUUGGGUAAAAGUGGAAUGAAUUAUGGAAAACAAACAAGAAUUUUCGAUCGAAUCUUUGGCACGAUCUCGGAGCGAGUCGAAUGUGUACAAAAAUGA